UGAAGUACUGGACUGACACUGUUGGCAGUGUUGUAAAUGAUAUGCGCCUGAUGUGGCACUCUUAUUACCAAAAGAAAAAAAGCUGAAAGAGCAAAUCAGAAACAUGGUGUCGUUGAUUAUAUCACAGCUACUAGUGUUACACUUUCUACCUUUUUCAUUACGAUGGAAUAUAGGGGUAAUACGAGGUAGUCUCCUCUAUGACUACACAUCUUCAGACAGUGGUGGUCAGAAUCGAGAGAACACUGUUCCUGUUGUUUUGAUUGUGUGUAGCCCGAGUUGCAGCAUGGGCCCUGUGAGCAAUUUUCCUAUUCCUAUUAAGAGUACCCAAGUAUGAGGCAUUUAUCUCGUCUCUCAGACGUCUUCAUGCAAAUGCCAAAGGAGCACUGUGAUUGCUGUUUACGUUGCGUUACCAGUUCGCUGUCGAGCACUCGGAUCUCUAUAG